AGUGAAUGGCACAGGAUGAUGCAACGAACUCGAGUGACCUCGCUUCAUUCUUGUUUAUAAACCAGUUUUACACAUUAUUGAAUACUGGGCUCUGACUCUAGCCAUUUGUCGACGAUGGAUUCAAAGAAAAACUGUCCAUUUAAACGUCCUACAGUUCAACUUAUAUGGAGGAAGACUUAUAAGUCAAUAAACCAAGAAGAACAAAGUUUGAACGACCCAAGGUCGUCCAUACUCCACCUCUGAUCAUGUUUCUUAAUAAUUCAUACUUCAAUGUACUGCGCAAGAUCGACAGUAGCUGGAAGGAACGCCAUUCAAGCCGUUCACGAGAGAAAGGAAGAUACAAGUUCUGGAAACGAAGUCUGUCCAGAUCGUCCUCCGAGUCCACUUUGAAGUCCCAUAACCAUAGCAACUCAUUCAGUAGUAGCGGCGAAAGUGGACUGUACAGCGGUGACGUCAAUUCUGGUUACUAUGGAGACGACGAAAUCGAUCCGUGUCCCAAAUGCGCUACAGAUUUGCCGAUAGGAGGUGCGAGAGCUGAGAUUGAUGAUUAUGACGUCAUCAGUAUUGAAGUGAAUGUACGGAAAACGAGAGACAAAUACUCCGGGAAAAAUUGUUUUCAGAAUCCGGAAUUGCAGGACUUCGAGGAAUUUGUGGUGAUUCCUUCCUCACGGGAAGAAUUUUGUUCCGGUAAUUUUAGACAGAGUACUCCGAAAAAAUGUCAUGGAACUCAUAAAGACAGAACUUUUAACAGUGAGGAGGCUGGAACUAUGGGUCAUGUUUUUGUCACGUGUACACCACGUGUAACGGGUUCUGUACCCUCUUCAGAACGAGACGGACCUAUUCAGAAACACUGUGACUAUGGUAAUCAUACAUCCUGUUCGUGUAUUUCAACCCCUCAGAAGCUUAUUCGGUUUCGACUUUACGCACCGCCGCGUUGUAGUAAUGACACUGGCGUUUGGUGGAAAGAAAAUAUCAAAUGGCAAUUACGACAACGAAAUAAGACACAAACCGAAAGCUUUACCCAGUUACAAGAGGUAAGAACCUCUAGUGCUAAAUCAAAGGUAAGGAUAAAUAGAGAAUUAGCGGACUAUCUUAAUAAGUACGGCGAGUUUCGUCCUCACAAAGACGCGUUAAACACUGCAUUCGUCGAAGCGGAGCCAAAUGUUAUCAAUCAAACUGAGAUUCUCGAUGCAAUAAGAAGCCAUGGUGGGAAGGCCACUAGACUUCGAAGCAACAGUGUUGCACAGCGUGCCAAGGCGUACAUGGAAUCCAAGAAAGAAUUUAGUGUGAAAGAUACCGAUGAAGAAGAUAGUGGUCAUGCUGUGGAAGGCAUGGGAAGGCGUUCUCGAUCAAAGAGUCAAUAUCGCGACCGGCUACUAGUACCUCGCUGGCGAGAGAGCGUUUUCAAUCAACUUCAUAUGAGAAACUUCCUUGAGUGUAAAUAUUUUACAGAUGCGAUCGUAAGGCGGACUUUAUCCCAGUUGAGUAUCAGCGUCUCUCAAACUACUUCCCACUCAGUUGAAGUCCUGACUGAUUAUGACGUCAUCACUGAAGAUGACGUCACUAGACUUGAGACAAAUACAAAGGCGAUGAAUGCUAGCCAGUCGAUAUCCCAAGGUUAUCACAGCUCACCUCCUGGUGCCUUUACUAUCAGAAACUUGGAUUUGGUGUACGGUAAACAUUAGGAUGGGUAUUCAUUAUUUUAGAUACAUUUUUAAAAAAUUCAAUAGAUCUUACUGUCUGUAGACCCCAUGCAGUACGCGGUUACUGUCUAUAGACCCCAUGCAAUACGUCGGAAUGCAGCUCGAUUUGGAGGACAUAACAAUAGAUUUCCAAUUCUCAGGAGAUUGAAAUUCUUUUGUUUUGUCCUUCAAAUUGAACUGCUUUGACGUCACAUGCAAGGGGUCUAUUUAUAUGAAUUUUAGUAGACUGAAUGACUUGCAACUUUGCCGUAAUAAUUCCCCAUUUCAGACCACGUGCAAUCCCCUUGAGAAUGAAAUUCUUUGUUUGUAAAAAAGCGAAUUGCUGGUUUUGUGGAAAACAUUAUAUCAAAAUAUAUCGUAACACUGAGUUACUAGUAACCUAAAAAUAAAAUACAACCGAAACAAUUGAAAUAGCUUGAAUUAUGGAAUAGCCCUCUUCCGAAAUAUGCUUCGAUGUCGCGCACAAAGGUUUCAAUGCGAGGCUUCGUGCAUAAUGCUCAGUAGUUCAUGAAAGGAGAAAAGAAUAAAUUUAAUUUCGCACGUAGCCUCGUAACAGAACUUUUGUGUGUGACAAGCGAAGCAUAUCUCGGAAGAGGACUGACCAGGCCCCGGUUGUACGAUGGGUUAUUUCGAUAGCGCUAUCCGAUGGAUAGUUUUUA